ACAUAAAAAUCCUGGAGGGAGGAGAUCAGCAGGCAGCCAUUUUUUCCCCAAUUGUAGAAAUCAAACGACAGGCCACAUUGUUUGCGGCAAGCUAGCGUUCAGUACAAGCCAUCAAGCUGGUUUAUUUUUACAUUAAUUAAUUUAGUAAAUAUUCGCGAAAUAUACAUUCUCAAGAUUUUGGCACCUGAAGAGGGCUUCCACGAUGGCUGAGAAAACGGACGUCAAGGCGGAGGCCUUGCCCGACCUCGAUGACCUACUGCAGUGUCCAGUAUGCUAUGAAAUCCCUUCAGGCCAGAUAUUCCAGUGCAAUGAAGGCCACCACGUGUGCGGCCGCUGCAAAGCGCGCCUCAGCCAGUGUCCCGUCUGUAGGGCUCUUUUCUUUGGAACUAGGAAUUAUGCAAUGGAAGAACUCAUUGCUAAUGUUAGAAAAUUAAGAGCUUUUAAAUUAGGUGGAAAAGUAACAACAGGAUCGAGUGGCUCUGGCAGUAACACGCCUGCAGAAGACGCAGCCUCGGGCGAUCAAGAUAAUAACACUGCUGAAGAUGAGGAUAAUGCCUCUGACCCAAAUCUUCCAGCUCUUAGGGCGCCUCAAGCUUGCAAGGGACUAUUCCGUUGUUUAUGCUGUAAGAAUGGGAAUUCAAUUCGGUUGCCGGCUGCGCGUUUGCUGAACCAUCUUCGUUAUUUCCACUCUCCUGAAUUAAUUGAGGGUCAAUCUGAAAAUGGUGAAUAUGUGCAAGCAUGGCAGUUCCCUACUGUUCCUGGUAGGAUUGUCACGGCAGUGCGAGUGUCCGAUAUGGGCAUUUUCUUUUUAAUUAUUGAAAUUAGCAAUGAAUCUGUGCACGCAUGGCUAUCGAUGGCUGCCGCCCCAUGGGUUACAAAUGAAUUUAGCUAUACUGUUACCAUAUCGGGCAAUGAUCGGGAAGCUAUUUUCUCCGAUUGUGUGUGGUCGGUCCGAUCCUGCGAAGGUUUCCUUAAAAAACGAGGUCGUUGUCUGGUGGUAACCGGUUUGGACGCCCGCGCUCUAGUCGCACCCACAACGAUCAGCGGCAAGCUGUCGGUAACGCGCGUGCGCCCCGACGACGCGCACCAGCACCUGCAACACCCGCGCGCCGUGCUGCGCGUGGCCAGCCGCGGCGGGCCGCGCGACCUCGCCCGCGACGCCGCGCAACUGCUCGACCCGUUUAUCCAGCACCUGCAGAACGACGUCGCCCGCCUCUCGCGCGCGCUCGAUCGGGAGAUACGAGACCACACGCCGGCCGCGCCGCCCGUCGUGCCUCCGCCUGCCCCCGAACCGCACGAUGGCCUCGGCCUGGUGGCGGCCCCGCCCACCCUAUCUCGCAACGCCCGUAGACGCAUGCGAAACAGACUUCGAGCCACAUUGAACGAGGCUCAGGACGUAACUGAACGUGUUCCUGCUCAAAAUAAUUCUGCCGCUCAGAGACCCAACGGACACGUACCGAAUAAUAUUAUACACGCAACGACCGGGUAUAUACAAGUGGCUCCGGCGCCUGCUGCACAACGCACAAACGCACAGUCUAACACUAGCGCUAAUUCCAAUGCUCGGAACAACAACGCGCCUAACAAUCCCAUACGUGUCCAAACGGGUUUGGCUAUUGUACAGCCGUCGCCUCCAUCUGCCGCUCCCGCCGCGCGUCAAAAUGCGCAGUUGAACGCGGCUUCGCAAAGAAAUGUCCCUACCAUUCCUGUGCAAAUUCAAACUGGUUUGGCUAUAGUACAGAAUCAAGCCGCACGAGGCGGAAAUUCACAGGCAGGCGGCGGUGUGCAGCGCGCUACCGCUGCGCCAGCGGCCCCGGCGGCGCCCGCGCCCGGCCCGGCCGCGUCCGCCAGCGGCCCGUCCAACGGCCAACAACCGCAAAACGCUAACCGCAACAAGAAGAAGCGCCGUCAUCGUAGAUAAAUAUUGAUUUACCAUUCAAUGUUACAUUUAUUUAGUAUUAAGUAUUUCAAAGGAUAAGAUUGACUAGGUAAUUGAUAACGUGACUGCUAAUUGAACCUCUGUUUAAUCUCUGUACCUUUCUCUGGGAUUACCCAUUGCGGAUGAAAUACUUAAGUAAUAUCGAAUAUAUUCAAAUAUACUGACACCACUACUUUACAAGUGCUGUGAUAAAUACGAAUGGCAGAUUAUUGCCAUUAAAAUGAAUAUUAUCAAUUUAGGUUUUAGUAAAUUGACAACGAUGGUCCCUCAAGGUAUUGUGAAGAACCUCAGGUUACUUGAGCCAUCUCCCAGAGUGAUAAUAAUUCAUAAUGACUGUUUCAGUACAUUUUUAAUUAUGUUACAUUGUGCAUUGAACUGUAAUAAUUAAUUUGACUAGUUAUACAAG